UUUGGUGCUGUGGAUACGUCAAUUGCGUCAAUUGUGCAGCAAAUGAAUAAAGUGAAAAUAUUUUAUCUUGUAGAAUUAUGUACGAAAUUUUUAAACAAUAAAGAUGUCUUUUUGAUGAAUUACAUUAACAACAUGAUUAUUAUCCAUCAAGUGCUAAACAAAACAGUGAUCAUGCGUAAUUUGUUGGCGAAAUAAUUCGUUAUCUGUUCCAAGUUUACCAGCUACUUGUGUUAAAUGAAUAUCUAAAAAUUACAUUAUAAUGGAUGAAAGGCGUGUAGCAGAGUAUUUUGUGGUGGCUGGGCUGCCAGAGGUGCCCGAAGUACUGGACGAUUCUGACUCAGGACACCUAAAAGGAUACAGUACGAAGCCACCAAUCACUGACAUAAGUGUAAUAUUCCCUGGCUUAGGGGAGAGAGUGCCAGAUGGAUACGAAGUAUUGGAGGUAACACCGACCGGCUUGCCCGCGAAUUUGAACCAUGGAUCGAUGCGCUCGCCAGAAUGCUACCUGUGCAUACGGAGAGGAAGGGAUCGACCACCGCUAGUGGAUAUAGGUGUAAUGUACGAAGGCAGAGAGCGUUUAAUGGCUGACGCUGAAAUGGUCCUUCUCUCAGUGGGCGAUCGGCUUGCCAACGUGAACAAUUCCACCGCCAAAACGUUCAUAACGUAUAGACGGGCGCACCCCACGGCACCGUGCAACGCGUUGGUGGUAGUUGACGUAUGUGUCAUUGUCACGAGUAGGGGAGAGACGCCGCCGCAUGCCUUCUGUAUGAUCGGGAAGAAUCUUAAUAAAGGUUUAAUAGGAAGCGAUGUAUUUCUCUGUUACAAAAAGUCAAUGAACCGUCCGCCACUAAUAGCUUACAAACCAGAAGUGUUAUUUAGGUAUCCCACAACUGAACGUCGUAGCUUAGCGUUUCCAACGUCAGUGCCUCUGUUUUGUCUACCGAUGGGUGGGACGUUGGAACUGUGGCCGAAUAACGCCGCUUCGCCGAAACCUGUGUUCUCUACAUUCGUCCUUACUGUUGCCGAUGCCACAGAUAAAGUAUACGGCUCGGCAGUUACAUUCUACGAAAGUUAUCCACACACGCAUCUCAGCGAGUCUCAAAUGGAGCAGCUAGGCUGGCGAGCGGGCGUAUCUCACAGCUCGCACUCCUUACACGCGAAUAAGUGUAUCUGUUUACUGUCGAGGUGGCCCUUCAGCGACACCUUUGAACGAUGGCUGUUGUACAUUUUGGAAAUGUCGUGGAGUAAAGAGCCGCUAAGUAUACCAAUAGAAAGAUAUAUAACGCACUUGUUAGAGGAAGUGCCGUUUCCAGAACCAAGAAUAUUAUUACAGUUAUCACCCACAAAUCCUCACGACCGUGUGAUAGUGACGCGUAGAGACGACCAGCCGUUAGUACGGAGCGGCGCGGGCUUCCGACAGCUGUUACUGAACCUCGGCCCGGAUAACUGCUUGUUACUACUGGCUUUAGCAAUCACGGAACAGAAAAUACUUAUACAUUCACUCAGGCCAGACACAUUAACAGCUGUAUCAGAGGCAGUCUCCAGUUUAUUAUUUCCAUUUAAGUGGCAGUGUCCCUACAUACCACUUUGUCCAUUAGGUUUAGCCGAAGUACUCCACGCGCCUCUGCCUUAUUUAAUAGGCGUGGACUCGAGGUUCUUUGACUUGUACGAGCCGCCGCCUGACGUGACGUGUGUCGAUUUAGAUACUAACAAUAUUACAAUAUGUGAAUCACAGAGGCAUAUAUCAAUAAAAUUGUUGCCCAAACGGCAAGUAAGGUUAUUACGGCAAACAUUGGAGCAACUAUACACAACCAUACGACCCGGUAUGUUAGCAUCACCAAUACACUCUUCACAUGACAGCAAAUAUAACGGUGAACCCACCACUAGCUUAGACAGAGAUUUCCAGAAAAGGAAAAAAGAGCAAGCAUUAGAACUCAAAAUCCAAGAAGCAUUCUUGAGGUUCAUGGCGCAAACACUACAGGGUUACCGCAGCUACCUCAUACCCAUCACGAAAGCGCCUACAGUUGGGACAACAGAUCCACACGCGUUGUUCCAUAUGGAUGCAUUCCUUCGCUCGAGAGCUGAUAAAACAGAACAACGGUUCUUCACGCUAAUAAUGCGGACGCAAAUGUUCACGCGUUUCAUAGAGGAGCGCUCCUUCGUCUGUGAUAAUGACCAAGGGCUCACGUUCUUCGACGAGUGCAUAGAGCGAGUGUCGAGCAAGGAUGCGAGAGGGUAUGAGCCGUUGCUGGGGUUGGACAAUUCUAACACGUCGGAGCGUACCGUGUUCGUACCACCGCCGGACCCCGACCCGGAAGAAAAAUACACCUACGAAAAGUUCAUACUACACGAAGGUCUAGUGGACCGGUGUCGUCAGAGCACGCGCGGCGGCGCGCUGCAAGCCGUGCCCGCAACCGCGCUCGCCUCGGCCGAGUCCCUGGCCGACGCCUCGCCCAUGGCGCGACGGACUAAAAACGAGAUCGCUGCGGCGCAGAGACUCGCCCGAAAAGCAAGCUUGUCACCGGAGGAGUGGGCUAAAUGUCUGUUGGGGGCAUGCUACUCGCUAUACUUCCUGGCGUUACCCUGCAGACUCUUGCUCUGCCGGGGAAGAGAACACGCGACCCUCCGAGCCGCUUUCGAGUAUUUGGAGCGCGCUACUAAACUACGAGUGCCUUGUGAUGAGGUGUGCUACAGAGUAAUGAUGCAGCUAUGCGGCAUACACUCGCUGCCAGUGUUGGCGGUGCAACUUCUGUUCCUCAUGAAACGAGCUGGGUUGCAACCCAACGCUCUAACCUACGGCUACUAUAACCGAUGCGUGCUAGAAGCUGAUUGGCCGAAGGAUAUGUCCAGUGGAUCGCAAUUGCUGUGGAAUAAGCUACGCAUUGCGGUUAUGGGUGCUGCGUUAUUCCGAAAAGCGGGCGCGCAAAGAGCCACGCGGUCGGCCGGCACUACUGGCAGCACUGGCACGCUACCUCGCGUGCGUACGGUGGGAGGCGAGGGCUCGGAUUUGGCUGCAUUGGCGCUCGCUGAACCUGCACGCAGCAGGUCUAGUUUAGACUCUGCAUGUGAAGGAACAAACGCCAGUACGAGCGCAUUCGAAGCCCUGUGUCGUCGCGGAAACAUAGUACGUGCGAACACUACUCACCCGCGAGCCCAUAAGCUUUCACACGCAGCGGGAAUAUUAAUUUCAGGCUUGCCGUCCGAUCCAGAUCUCACUGGAACGUCCCGACCUAGGAGUAAUUCCUUAGGCAAUGAAGAACCUGAACCAAUAACGAUUGCAGAAAAGAGACAGACAAUCCACGUGAGUCCAGAAAGUCCGUCCGACCUUCGAAUCCUCACAAGAUCGAAAAGUUUCGCUGGUGAUGCUCAGAUCGUCCAAAACUUGCAGAGGCUAUCAUUUUCCAGCAGUACGUCAAAUACUAAGACUCGAUGUUCGAGAACGCUCAGUUUCCCCGAGGAGCCUGAAAAGGAAGCGGCAGCUAUGGAACCUUUAGAUCCAUCCUCUAAAUCGUCACCCUUGAAGUUAUCACCCCGAACGCCAGUCCUAGCCGACGAUCCCCUCGGAGCCCUAAACCUAGUGGAGCCUGUCGUGGAACCGAAGCCCCCAGUACAAGACGAGCCUCCGCCCCCGAAACACGAGCUGAGUGUUAGCCCCAAGCUGUUCCACCGAAGAAGCAACUCCUUCCAAGACGAGCCCACUGAGGAACAACCCGGGAAACUGCACAGGAGCGAGACGGCGCCGGGCACCGUCUCGUCCAGCCUGGCCAGCAUUGGGAACACGCUCAAGAUCAGCUUCGGACGCUAUUCGCCUGGCCGUCUGUCGUUGCGCAAGGAAAACAUGAAAAUCGGAAAGGCUAUGAUCGAGAAUUACUUCAGCCCUACAAGCAUAGCCGGUAAGAAGUCGAACGAGCUCCUACAAAGUGGUCUAAGCAGUCUCAAGUCUGCGGCGACCAGUAUGGCGAAGAAGUUCGAUGAAAUGAAGGAGGUUAUAUCUGCGAAUUCUACGCCAGUUAAAGGGGCAAUUGGGAAUGCUACAAGCGCUUUAACCAGCUUUAUGACUGAAGAGGAAUCUGGGGAUGGCUCUUCGGAAUUAAAUCCAGAUGAAUGGUCAACCGGGAUGGGAUUCAGGCGUGCCUCGAGCGAUGCCGAAUUGGCAUCGUCUAUGGAACGCGGAUCACUCGCUACACUUUUGUCGCAUCUUCCCGACAACCUCUACCCAGCGCUAAACGGUACCGUUAAAGCUGAAAAUGUAUCAGUGGAGGUGCGUAUAACUUCGUGCUCGCAAUGUCAUCAGUGUCUCGCCUUGUUGUACGAUGAGGACAUCAUGGCGGGCUGGGCGGCCGACGACUCCAACCUCAACACGCGGUGCACGGCUUGCGGCAGGCACACCGUGCCUUUGCUAUCUGUACAGGUAAUACGGAAGGGUCAAACGCAAGCAGAAACCAUAAGCGUGCCUUAUUUAAACCCUCUCGUGCUCAGAAAGGAAUUCGAAUCUAUUUUAGGCAGGGAAGGCGACUCGUGUCUAGCGGAGCCAGAAUUCGUGGAGUCGCAUCCAAUCGUCUAUUGGAACUUGGUUUGGUUCCUUGAACGAGCGAAUAUAGAAAACCAUCUGCCUGAUUUGCUGUGCCCCAAUUAUUCUGCUAAGUACCAGAGUUUGGACCAACUGCCGGACACGGUGAAAUCUGCCGGUGUCCGCGUAGUGUGCGAGUGGGAGAGCGCUAGGCUUGCGGAGGGCGAGGCGCAGGCGUUGUACCGAGCGUGGCGCGGACGUAGACAGCAGCCUCGCUCGCGGCAGCUACGAGCUCUGUUGCUAACUGACCAUGAUUGCAAUGCGCAUCAAUCAGUCGUAGCGGCCGUGUUAGACGGGCUGGUCAGCAAUGACCUAUCGGACGCAAUACGUCGACUGGCCGCUUGGAGAGAAUCUACGUGUGGCAACAAGCGGUAUUACUCUUACUACAGAGACAUACUAUUCCUAGCAAUGGCAGCCCUCGGCGAACAGAAUAUAGACUUUGUGGCGCUCCAACGUGAAUACACUCGUGCUCUGGACCAACUGGGCACCGAGACCAGGCCGCAGGAUUUGCCCCCCUCGCCCACCGCCGCCUGCUGUAGACACUACUUCAAACGAUUACGACUAAACAUACACGAAAUAUGAUCUACGUCUGCCUUCACGCAUGGGCUCGUAAUUUAGGGGCUGCGGAUCCACAUGGUUCUCCGAUUUAGGGACUACGGAUCCACAUGGUAUUUCAUUUAGGGGCCGUGGAUCCACAUGGUUUUCUGAAUUAGGGUGCAGAGGAUCCACAUGGUUUUUUGAUUAAGGGGCUGUGAAUCCACGUGGUUUUCUGACUUGGGGCUGAUGACCCACAUACAUUUUCUGAUGGAUUGCGGAUCCACAUGGUUUUCUGUCUUGGGGGAUAAAAGCCCACAUGAUUUUCUGAUCGAGGGAGUUGCGAAUCCACAUGGUUUUCCGACUUAGGGCCUAAGGUAUACAUGAUUUUCUGAUUAAGGGGGUUGCGAAUCCUCGUUUUUCUGAAUUAGGGCCUAAGGUUUACAUGGUUGCCUGACUUGGGGCUAAAGAUACAUAUGUGGUUUUCUGAUUAAAUAGCUGCGGAUCCACGUGGUUUAGUGACUUAUUGGUUGAAGAUCCACACGUUUAUCUUAUUAAAAGGCUAUGGAUCUACAUGAUUUUCUUUGCGAAUAUCGUGUAAACAUUACAAAUCAAUCAGUAUGAUACUCAAAAUACAAUAUCUUACGAUUGCUUUGCUUGUAAUAUAGGUUCGAGAUAUAAAUCAGAAAUGUACGACAUCGGUCUCUAGCCGUUGUACGUGAGCAAUUGUAAUAAUAUAAGGUACAUUUCCAUCCAUUAAUCAUUGUAGACCCUGAUGAAAGAUUAGGUGUAUCAUAUUUUAAACCAUUUGAUAGUUCCAUGGAUCACAUGUAUAAAAUGAUUUAAAUUGGCCCUUAUUAAAGAGUUUUACCCUUGCCUAUGCAACUUUACCAUAUAUUUUUUUUUAUGACCAUUCAAGGAUUUUUAAAUUUUUUUUCUUGAUUUACUACAAUUUUAUUUCCUGAGCUUCAAUAAAUGAAGAAAACCAUUAAAACUCUGUAAGUAAAAUAUUCAUUGGUCAAAGUCUAUAGUUGAAAUAUAUGGAAUGUGUUCUGACUUUGCUCAGAUUUAAGACACUGUUAAAACGAGAUAACGUUAUAUCUCUGACAUAAAUCUGUCUCAUUUUAGCUGAAACUUAGUCUGAGCAAAGUUAGUACAGUCUCAGACUCGUCCGUCCAUUACGUUCUAAGUCGAAUAAAAAGAUGAAAAGACUAUUUCCUUUAAAAGUACACUACUAUAAAAUAAGAAUUGCAUGAAGUUGUGACGUUUGUUUAUGGACGGACGUUAUGGACUUAGAAUUAUAGAAAGUUUUGCCCCAGUAUUGUUUAAUUAUCGCCUUAUAUUGUAUGACUGCAAAUUGGCUCGAAAACUAAGCUUAUUUUUAUUAUACAUAACAUAUAUUAUUUUAACGUUUAAAGUUUAUACUAUUGCGAGUGAUUACCAUUAAAAGUAUAGAUUGUCAUGGCUAUACUCAUGUAUUUCGUCGAUGUAAGCCCGACUAGUUUCAAACCCAUCCGGGGUCCUAUUUCAUAGGAACUCAGCUCGCUGCGCGUCGCGGCAUAUU